AUGUCGUAUCGUCCAACUGCAAACUCCAGGACCGAGGUCCGUCGCAAUCGAUACAAAGUCGCCGUCGAUGCCGAAGAAGGCCGCCGAUGCCGUGAGGACACCAUGGUUGAGAUCCGUAAGAAUCAUAGAGAAGAGAGUUUGCUCAAAAAGAGACGUGAGGGUCUUCAACCUCAGCAGAUUCCUUCCUCCAUUCACUCUGUUGUAGAGAAGAAGUUGGAAAAUUUACCAUCCAUGGUUGCUGGUGUUUGGAGUGAUGAUAAUAAUUUGCAGCUGGAGUCAACAACUCAGUUUCGAAAGCUGCUUUCUAUUGAGCGUACUCCACCGAUUGAGGAGGUUAUACAGACUGGUGUUGUUUCUCGUUUUGUUGAGUUUCUGAUGAGGGAAGAUUUUCCACAGUUGCAGUUUGAGGCAGCCUGGGCUUUGACCAAUAUAGCUUCUGGAACGUCUGAAAACACCAAAGUGGUAAUCGACCACGGCGUUGUUCCAAUUUUUGUGAAGCUUCUUGCUUCUUCUAGUGAUGAUGUCCGUGAACAGGCAGUGUGGGCUUUAGGAAAUGUUACUGGGGAUUCUCCUAGAUGUCGUGAUCUUGUUCUUGGCCAGGGUGCUUUGGUUCCUCUUUUGGCUCAAUUGAAUGAACAUGCCAAGCUUUCUAUGCUGAGAAAUGCUACUUGGACACUUUCAAACUUCUGCAGAAACCAUAACAUUCCAUUCUAUGGCGACUAUUAUUUAAUAUUCUAUUUUACUAUUCUAUUUUACUUUUAG